CGAGCUGCUGCUUCUGUGCAUAUCGAAGACGGAAACGGCUGGUUUGAGCGAGAGUAUAGUGCAAAUUUGCAUACGUUUAUGACGAUCUGCAACUCUUCAAGAUUUCGGUUGUAAUUUGCCAUUCGGAAGGAAUACUACCUCUCCUAAGUUGCGUCCAGAUUCCCAUCUGCUUCUCGUCCCCAUAUUCCCAAGCUUUGGAGCUGGUCCGUUUGAGCGCCAGAUUCUGAACCCCCUCAACAGCUAAAAUGGCCAAAGGCAUAGCCAGAUUGGUUGCCUCGUCCAAGGCCAUUGACCCCGCCUUGGAUGCUCUUUUUUCCCAGAGCGCUGGAGCUGUUAAAGCACCCCCGAAGUCGCGCUAUGCAGAAUUGCUUCCUCGGAAGGAGGAAAAGAACGACGAGGCGGACGAGGACGAGGCGGCUUCCGAGAUCGCAGAUUCCGACGUUGGGUCUGAGGAAGACUCCGGUUCUGAGCCAGAAGCUGCGAGCACAGAUGAUAGCGACAACGAAUCCGCCGGCGAAAAUCCGUUUGGAGACGAAGACAUAGGCGACGCUUCAAGCGUAGACGACGAGGCCGAAGCCGCAGAGGUUUUGGAAAGGGCCGUGUCGCACUCAGCGUCUCAGGAUCAGGUGCGGAAGAGGAAGCGGAAGCAACGAGAUGACGACGAGGACCUCGAGGCCAACUACCUCGAACGCCUGGCAAACGAAGAAGAGCCGUUUGGGAAGCGUCAGAAGAAAGCCGAGCCCACGUCCAAGGCUGAAGCGUCGGCAUCCUCGAAGGAAGACGGCGAGGAGAAGUCUGCCGAGAAGGGGGAGGACGACGAAUUCGGGGAUGGUAUCCCUGUUCACGAAUCACUCGCUGCUGACCCUGUUGCCUCAGAGCUGGAAAAGGCGAAUCGUACCGUCUUCCUCAGCAAUGUCUCCGUGGAAGCGGUUACCUCGCGCAAGGCAAAAAAGACGCUACUCCAUCACCUCUCGUCUGUUUUGGACAAGAAGGCGGACCCGCCCCAGAAAGUGCAGUCCAUACGGUUUCGUUCGACUGCCUUUGAAACCGCAGGCAUCCCGAAACGCGCGGCAUACAUCAAAAAGUCCGUCAUGGAGGCUACCACCAAAUCCACGAAUGCCUACGCGGUCUAUAGCACGGCCGCAGCAGCUCGCCUCGCAGUGUCGCAGCUCAACGGCACCAUCGUUCUAGACCGGCAUCUCCGGGUAGACAGCGUGGCUCAUCCGGCACCUGUCGAUCACCAUCGAUGCGUCUUCGUCGGCAACCUGGGCUUUGUUGACGACGAGACCGUCUACAACACCAAACUCAACGAAGAGGGCAAGGAGGUGACGGAGAAGCGCAAGCGGACUAAGACACCAAUGGACGUCGAGGAGGGGUUAUGGCGAGUGUUUGGCGAAAAGGCCGGCAAGGUGGAGAGCGUCCGCGUCGUGAGAGACGCCGCUACCCGCGUAGGCAAAGGCUUUGCCUACGUCCAGUUCUAUGACGGUAAUGCAGUCGAAUCAGCCAUCCUCCUCAACGGCAAGAAAUUCCCACCCAUGCUCCCCCGCGAACUGCGCGUCAGCCGCUGCAAGGCGCCCCACAAGACCGCCCGCGCAAUGGAAGCUCGCAAUGACCGAUCCGCCACCAUGUCCGCCACCGACCGCAAAGGCGGCAAGAAGGGCAAAUCAGCCGACGACAACACCGCCAGGACAGGGAAGUACGUCCCCAAACCCACCGCCGAGGCCCAGACACUCCGGGGCCGCGCGAGCAAACUACUCGGCCGGUUCGGGGCGGCAAAGCUAGUCGGUGAGACUCCCGGCGGGAAGGACAAGAAACACCGGGACAGGCGAAACCGCGGCAUGAACCGCGGCAGCAGGGGGGCCGGUGCUGGCGGGGCGGCGCCAGGUGGUGGUACCGGUGAGAAUCAGAACGGAUUCAAGGGGCCGGAGCAGUUCGUGUUUGAGGGCAAGCGGGCCAGCGCCAGGGAUGGCAAGCCCAAGGAUCUCAAGUUCAAGAAGGGGAAGGCGAAGGGGAAGGACAAAGUACAUAAGAAGAAGAAGGGCGGCAAGGUUGGGAAAUAGAGGGGUUGACAGGACGCUGAAGACGUGUAGUAGGCUGGUGUUUGUCAGAGGCCGCGGAGUAGACUCGACUGUACUUUAGCCAAUGCGAUGAAUAGCAUUUUGAAGCAAUUCGUGUCGAACGGGC